AUGCCUUCGUCAAACUUCUCACCCGACUCGUUGCCUGACCUCGCAGGGCGAGUUUAUCUCGUCACUGGUGGAAAUACGGGAAUUGGCAGGUCGACCGUCAUCGCUCUGGCCUCCAAGGGCGCCAAAGUCUACCUCGGUGCCCGCAAUGAAGCCAAAGCCGCUAUGGCCAUUGAAGAGAUCAAAGCCCAAAUGCCUUCGGCUCAGAUAUUGCCUCUGAUUCUUGACUUGUCGCGUUUCCAGAGUGUUGUGUCUGCAGCGACGAAGCUGCGCAGUGACGAAACAUCUCUGCAUGGGCUUGUCAAUAACGCUGGCAUCAUGGGCGUUCCCUUUGCUUUGACCGAUGAUGGCUACGAAGUGCAAUUUCAGACCAACUACCUCUCCCACUGGCUCCUCACAUCCCACCUUUUGCCUCUCCUUCAAGCUACUGCAGCCAAGUCCCCCAAAGACAUCGUGAGGGUAGUCAACGUUACAUCUGACGGCCAUGCCCGUUUCCCCCCCAAGGGUGGCAUCGCCUUCAAUGACGUCUCGUUGGAAAAAGAAUCGGCAAUGACCCGGUAUGGCCAGAGCAAGCUUGCGAAUAUUCUCCACACGAAGCAGUUGCAUUCCAUGUUUGGCCCGGGCACCUCCAAUCCUAUUUGUUUUGCUGCAGUUCACCCUGGCCAUAUAGAUACAAACCUCAACAAGCAAGCCACGGGAGCAGCGCCUAGCUCCGUACUCCGUGCCAUCACGCCUAUCAUGCGCUGCUUGGGCAUUCUGGAUGAGGAGGCGAAGGGUGCAUGGUCUUCUCUAUUCGCACUCGCAAGUGACGAAUUCGGGGCCAAGGAUUCUGGAGCAUACAUUGUCCCGUAUACAAAGGUUGGGACACCUAGUGCGUCUGCCCGGGAUGGGGACCUGGCGAGGAAACUGUGGGAAUGGACUCGCGAUGAGUUCAGUAGAAGUGGCUUGUUGGAAAUUCAGUCAUCAUGA